UUUGUAUUAAGUACAAUGCUAUUCCUUAGCAGUGGGACUGUGGAUGCGACCCCUUGGAAUAACGCUAUUGGGCAACAGCAGCAGGGGAUAACUGUCUACCACAUCUCUGUAAUCCUAAACGAAAGGAAGGGAGAUGCAGCCGUGUCGGAGGCGAAAAUGGACCAGGUCAGUCACAGCUUGGUGGAGAAUUCCCAGCCAAAAGGAAAGCUAAUGAAUCUAGUGCCAAUGGAUAACAGCCCUAGGCUGGGUAGGGCAAGACAGGAGCUUGACAGGUGGCCCUCCUUGAGCUGCACGAGCAGGGCUGGAAGGCAAAGAGAGGAGGUAGUUUUGGAGGAGAGUGAGGAGGAGGAAGUAGAGGGAAAAAUGAAGACAGACAGGUUUUUGAAACAACCCUCCAAGAACUUAGGAAACUCCUCACAAUGCGACAGAGACGUGGAAGAGCGAACAACUCAGGAAGACACCCAGGAGCGACUUAUUCAGAGCUCAACAUCAUGCUCUGUCACCACCCAUGCUGACAGGCUUGUUCUAGGGGGUCAUGCCACCAUUACAGGUCACAGCUCUCUGCCACGGGCCGUGCUACGAAGGCCACGUCAGGAUGAAGCCGUGGUUGGCAGGAGAACUAUAAGCAUGUAUGGCGGCCCUUCAGAUCAGCAAAGAGAUUCGCAACCUGAACCUGAAAGACGGCUGCAGAGGCCUAGGAGUGAUUGCAUGCUGGCAGGCUCAGGUCCAGUUCUGUCAGAACCCAAGGCCCAUCACCUCUUCAAAAGGACUGAAAUUUUAGACAAUAACCUACGGUGCAGGAACAGGAAGGCUGAGUUGAGGGCAGUGGAUGGCCUCAGUUCUGUGGUGGGUCAACGGCCAUCAGCCCCUUUGGGAGUCAACCUCCGGACCCGGCAGCGGAGCUGGAAGCCCAGGCCUGUCAGUAUGACAGUACUGGAACUAAGAAAGAGGGACUCUGAUGAUGAAAUUGACAGGCAGAGAAACUGUGGCCACACAAGCAACAAUGGAGGAUUACUUAAAGGGAGCUUUCGUUGGAGACUAUUUGGUAAGGGAUCUCAGGAUAAAAGCAAAGACAAGGAGGCAGAGAAAGAUACAAAAUCUUCAACAAAAUCGAGCAAAUCUGACUCUUCAAAAAGUACACUGACUUCUUUAAGGCGGAGCCUCAGCAUGCGAAUCAGGAGGACUCGUCCCCAUGACAAAAUUAAUUCAGGGUCUGAGGGGGAGUCAAAGGAGUAUCCUCAAGUUAAAAGUUCUGCCGAGGAGACAACGAUGGCUCCCCGGCCUUUCUCGUACCUCACAGGAAGAACCCUUCCAGCUUCCAGUGAGCAGAUAGAAGAUGGGGGAAUGCAGUACAUUCAGUACCACAGCAGGGGAAAGGUCAAGGUAAUGGAGGUACCCCUAUGUCCAACAAAACUUUCUUCCAAACCAGUUCAGGAAGAACCAAGCAUAUGGCAGCUCAUAGCAAAUCGUUUCAGGAGGAAAGAGCAGCCAAACAAAUGUGAAUCCCAGCAGUCCCCGAGCAAAGACACUACCCAGUAUCCCCAAACUGGGAAUAAGUUACAGCCAGUCACCAUAGAAACUCUGACAGGCAGUGACUCCUACAAAGGUCAAGACUCUUUCGUUAACAGUCAGGAAUGGACAUUGAGUCGAUCAGUUCCAGAGCUGAAAGUGGGCAUUGUGGGAAACCUGUCCAGUGGGAAGUCUGCCUUGGUGCAUCGGUACUUGACAGGCACAUAUGUGCAGGAGGAGUCUCCUGAAGGUGGACGUUUUAAGAAAGAAAUUGUGGUGGAUGGACAGAGCUACUUACUUCUGAUCAGAGAUGAAGGAGGGCCUCCAGAAUUGCAGUUCGCUACCUGGGUGGAUGCGGUGGUGUUUGUCUUCAGCCUGGAGGAUGAGAUCAGCUUUCAGACGGUCUACAAUUACUUCUUGCGUCUAUCCAGCUACAGAAACACAGCUGAGGUGCCCAUGGUCCUCGUUGGAACGCAAGAUGCAAUCAGUGCUGCCAAUCCCAGAGUGAUCGAUGACUCACGGGCUAGAAAGUUGUCAAACGACCUAAAGCGCUGCACAUACUAUGAGACCUGCUCCACCUAUGGCCUGAAUGUGGAGAGAGUCUUCCAGGACGUUGCCCAGAAGGUUGUGGCCAUGAGGAAAAAGCAGCAGCUCUCUAUUGGGCCAUGCAAAUCCCUCCCCAACUCUCCCAGCCACUCAUCAGUCCCCGCUGCAUCCAUACCCUCUGUCCACAUUAACCAGGCGGCCAACGGUGGGGGUGCAUUCAGCGACUACUCCUCCUCUGUUCCCUCCACCCCCAGCAUAAGUCAGCGGGAGAUGCGCAUUGAGACCAUCGCUGCCUCCAACACGCCCACACCCAUCCGCAAGCAGUCUAAGCGCCGCUCCAACAUUUUCACAUCACGGAAAGCCAGUGAACAGUCAAAGAGCGUUGACAGUAAAACAGACAGCAUAGGCAGUGGAAGAGCCAUACCUAUCAAACAGGGAAUUCUUCUAAAGCGAAGUGGCAAAUCCCUCAACAAGGAGUGGAAAAAGAAAUAUGUCACACUGUGCGAUAAUGGCGUCCUCACUUACCAUCCCAGUUUACAUGACUACAUGCAAAAUGUGCAUGGAAAAGAGAUCGACUUGUUGAGAACAACAGUCAAGGUACCUGGAAAGCGACCUCCCAGAGCUGUGGCCACCGUGGCCCCCACUGCUAGUCCCAAAACCAAUGGGCUUACCAAGGACCGCAGCACCCUGCAGCUGGGCAUAGGAAAUGCAGGUGCUCCUCACUCAAACAGCAGCACAUCCCUGCAGACAGGUGGGUCGGUGUUCGGUGGCAGUAAGGAUGGCAUGCACCAGCGAUCCUUCUCUGUGUCCAGUGCUGACCAGUGGAAUGACGCCAUCAACACAAGUACAAGCAGCGGAGCCCCCAACGGGAUGAGCGAUCCUGCAAAUUCCAGUGUGGGAAGUGCGACCAGUCCCAAACUCGAACCUCCUCCCUCACCACACGCCAACCGCAAGAAACACAGACGGAAAAAGAGCACAGGCAUCACAAAGCCAGACGGCUUAUCUGCAGGCAAUGAAGAACAAGAAGAUUCCUUCGAGUUCACCAUUGUGUCACUGACGGGUCAGACGUGGAACUUUGAAGCAUCUACAUACGAGGAGAGGGAGCUGUGGGUUCAAGCAAUAGAGAGCCAAAUCUUUGCCAGCCUGCAGUCCUGUGAGAGUAUAAAGAACAAGUCUCGGUUAGGCAGCCAAAGUGAUGCAAUGGCCAUUCAGUCCAUACGCAAUGUGAGGGGGAACAGCUUCUGUGUGGACUGCGAUGCACCCAAUCCAGACUGGGCCAGUCUGAACCUGGGUGCCUUGAUGUGCAUUGAGUGUUCAGGUAUCCACAGGAACCUGGGGACUCACUUGUCUCGCGUGCGCUCUCUGGACCUCGAUGACUGGCCGGUGGAGCUCAGCAUGGUGAUGACCGCCAUCGGCAACGCAAUGGCCAACAGCGUGUGGGAAGGCAAUCUGGAGGGAUACACCAAGCCAGGGAGCGACAGUAGCAGGGAGGAGAAGGAGCGCUGGAUCCGAGCCAAAUAUGAACAGAAGCUGUUCCUGGUGGGGCUGCCCCAGUCAGAUGUGCCUCUGGGGCAGCAGCUGCUUCGGGCAGUGGUAGAGGAUGACCUGCGGUUGGUUGUGUUACUACUGGCCCAUGGCACCAAGGAAGAGGUUAAUGAGACCUACGGGGAUGGAGACGGACGCACCGCGCUGCACCUCUCGUGUACCAUGGCCAAUGUAGUCAUCACACAGCUGCUCAUCUGGUACGGUGUGGAUGUAAAAAGUCGAGAUGCUCGUGGCCAGACGCCACUGUCCUACGCUCGACGAGCUGGAAGUCAGGAGUGUGCUGAUAUAUUGCUUCAGCACGGUUGCCCCAACGAUUCCAGCAGCCUGACCUCCGUGCCCACUCCCAAUAUGAGCCGCCGCAACCCCAACAUCAACAACAACAAUGCCCAGUGUGAGCUCAACCGCAGCAUCAGCAUCAUGUAGAACGCAGAAAUCAACUUCAGUAAAAAAAAAAAAAAACAUAGAAAGAAAACCACACGAACCCACCCGAAUCCCUUCUUAGUACUUCCACCUCUAUUUCUCACUGUGUAACCCAGAAUCAAUACCAAUGGAAAGAUAUUAGUAGUGAUGGACAUACUGUUGAUAUUCCACUGUGCUGCAAGUUGGAGGAUCAGACAUUGUACAUUGUGUUUUUAUAUUGUUAUUAUGUUAUGAGUCAUUUUUUGUUAAAUUUAUUCAAUUCUGAUCUGAAAUGAUCAGGAUCAGCUUUAAGUGUUAUUCUUUAAGCAUCUACCAAACAAAUGAAUUACUUUGGCAUUCAUACCUACCCCACGAAAAGCAUUUCCUUAAUGCUUGAACAUUUCCUUUUAUGUCUUCCCCCUCUGUGAUGUGAACUGAGCUUAUAGUAAGUGUGACUGAUGAAAUUUCCUUCAAACUGUCAAGACUAAGCAUCAUAACCGAACUAUAUAGAAUAGUUGUAGAAGUGACAAAACACUGAUGUAGGGAGAAAGUAAUUCCCUUGUGAUAACAGUGAUUAUUACAGCUUCAUAAUGAUGCAUGUCUUCAACCCAGUCAUCAAACUCUUGACAUACUAUUCAUAUACAAAGGCAAAGCGAUUAUAGUUACUGAGGCCAAAUGAGUUAGAUACUUAAUUCACAGGGAAAUGGAUUUGGAUCAUCAUAAAGGAGCUGAUUGCGUGAUUCCUAUUGGAUAAAAGUGAGCGAUUUCCUUCACCACCCUUACCACAAUUCUUCAGUAAAAAUGUAGAUGACUAUGAAGGAAUUACAGGGCAAAGCAUAAUGUUUUAUGACCAUUAAGCCGCAUGGCUUAGUAAGUGUGCCUCUUCAAUCAAAAUUCAUUCAAAUUUGAUUGAAACUGUGAAAUUCUACCAUUAUGAUGUCUUUGUUGGAAUCAUUUUCUGACUGACUAGAUUGUGUUGAUAAUUGUUUGACACAGAUUCACACAAUUUCAGAGCAUACACAUCCCAGAAUAUCUGUUCACCUCCUGUGGCUGAAACAUGUAGAAUUGGUACUCCCAAGAUCAUAGCCUCUAUUAUUGCUGUGAAAUACAUAUAUGGUACUGUGUGCGUGUGUUCGUACAUAAUUGUAUAAUAUGUUCGUGCUUACGUCUACGUCAGUAACCGUGUGCUGCAGAGAGCGCCUGGGCAUUUCCGUUCAUAAAGGACACUGGAGAGAAGACCUACGAUGGAGAUAUGGGAACAUAACUGUGUUUUACUGUACAGAUAUCUGUAAAGAGUAGUUCUUGUUCCUUCGCCUUAUUCCUUCUUAGAGCAGUCUGAACUUAUUCAGACUUCUAGAGUUGAUAUAAAACAGCCUUUUCCUUUUCCUUGAAGCUGCCCUACCAUUAGUACCUGUCAGCCUGAAAGCAGGGAGUUAACAAAACACAUUCACGUGACUGAGUGUGAGGAAAAUUAAGGGAAUUAAAUCAGCAGGCUCACAGACUUAGUAUAAUUAGCUUUUAUUAGUAAAGAUGUACAGUAUUCUACAGAUAAGUCAUUUCCUUCAUAGUAAAUAUUAAUUUGGGUAAGAGAAAACUUAAGUGUAAGUUUUCCAUAUCUUUCAUUUGUAAGGUUAUAAAUAAUUUUGGUUUUAAAGGUUUACAAAGGCAGGUGUUUACAGAGCAAGUCAUAACUUGGUACCUUUUUGUCUUUACAGAAUGCCUUUCUCAGAGCAACCUGAAGGUUCACGUGUAGUUAAAAGAAGACAUUUGUAGGAAAAGGAAAUUACAAUAUUAUAAAAUGAUGGUUUAACAUUUUUUUCUAAAUAAGCUUUUUGAAUUAUCUUGCUUAAAGCUGGUGUAGGAUGAAAUAUGAAACAAUAGAGAAAGGAAAACUCCAAACAUUAAGAAAUACAACACUUACAACAAAAAUAUGAACUGCAAGGCUUUUGCUUCUCAUAGCAAGAAUCCAAAUUAAUUGUAAAAGUAAUUGCGUCCAUCUUUCAUAGUAAAUCUACCUACCACUACAGCACAGAUGUUACAGAGAAAGUUGAUGUUUCACUGGAUAAAACUACUGACAUGUAACUAUUUUUUAUUUUUUUUAUUAAAACACAAAAAAGCCUGCAUUGGCAACAAGGUAGAUUUUCUAAAUGAUUAAAACAGAGCUAAGAGGUGGGGCAAAACUCAUGUUAAGUCUCAGGCCGCAGUGAAACUUUGUCCCAAUGUUUAAACGAUGCUGCCUACUCCAGCUUUAAAGUUUGGUGAUGAUUGAUGGCUCCUGUGUAUGUGCAAAAGUGCAGCAAAACUUCCCUGCAGACCCUCUUGCUUUGCACAUUUUUCAACAUAAAGCUAGAUAAGCUUAUUUCUUAAAAUGUCAAUCCAUUCUUUCCAGACCUCCAAAAAAGCCACAAAUUCUACCUGUUCUUAUUAUUAAUAUAAUUAUUAUUACUUGUUUUUAUUUACUCGUACUGUACUGUAAUACUGGCCUUAUUUCUGAUCGUUACUUGACCAACUUAUUCCACUAAAUACAUUUCAGUGGGAUAACAGAGAAGUUCAAUGUGUACAGUUAUUUCCUUACAUAUCUUUGAAGAUAGGAAAACACUAGAAAUCUGCCUGUUUUACCCCAAACACAAAGUGAAAUGUAUAUAUUAGCUUAAUGCUUUUAUCUGAAGACAAGCUCCUCCUAAAGAAACUAACUGAACUGGUUUUGGUCCUCUUGACCCACAAACCGUGUUUUGAUAUGUUGCUUUUGUUUAUCUUUAGGCAUAUUUUUAAGGUACUUCUGUUUGGUCUGGAUAGUAAGAGGCCAUCUUUGGUACUUGUGUAUAAUGAUGUACAUUUGACAUAUUUAUAAUGCAGUAUGUAAAUAUGUUUUUUGUUUGUUUAUUUUUGUUCAUUUUCCUAUUGUAUUUCCUUUAUGUUCAGAACGUGAAACAAAGCAACAGCUAAAGAGUAACAUGUUGUAUGCUUGGAUGCUUGGCUGACUGUUGACCUAUUAAUAAACACUCAAAUAAAACAAUGUAGCCUUCCCUGGAUUUGGGGAAACUGACACAUUCA